AUGUCUACCCCGCGCAAGGGCGGCGCCCUGGAUGUUGAGGAGGCGCGGCGCGCGGAGGCGCCGGGCGGCAAGAAGAAGCGCGGCGCGACGCAGAAGCGCUUCACCGCGUGGCACGUGCUGGACCCGCUCCUGCGCUUCCUGCAGCUGGCGGCCUCCGUCUCCGCGUUCGGCAUCAUGGUCUCGCUCAGGCCGAGCAAUGGCGGGAUCAAGUACAGCAACUACUACGCCUUCUCGUUCCUUGUGGCGGGCACGGUGAUCAGCGCGGCGGUGGCGCUGCUCAUGCUCUGCGUCGACCUGAUCCUCUGCUGCAUGCGCCGCACCGUGCGUGCGCUGCUCUUCUGGUGGUUCGUCACGCUCAUCGACUUUGUGAGCGCACCCCAAAAGCCCUCAACCGCGCUUCCGACGUUUCUUAGUUUGUUAAUUAGUAAUCCUGGAAAGAUAGGGUUGUUCUUCGCCCUGGGAGCAGGCUCGGCAGCUGCGGGCAUCACCACCUUCAACGACUUUGGGCUGAAGAACAUUUACGUGCGGACGGCCUGCCAGGGCUCCACCCCGUUCAACAGCUUCUGCGCCAGGACCAAAGCGGCCACCGCGAUGGCGAUCAUCGCUGCCGCCUUCUUCGUGCCGUCCAUGUUCUACGACCUGGCGGCGCUUGUCGACUCGUAUUACGAAUAG